UAUUUAUAUUUACUCUUAUCCAUUUGGUUAAGCUAAGGUUCUAUGAUUUUAUGUAUAAUAGUUUUUCCUUUUCCUAUUUUGACUUUCGUUUCUGCUUCCUGUGUACCUUGCUUAUUCCAAUAACAUGGUAUUGGAGGUGGAUACAUUGCAUUCUGCUGCUUGCCCUGUAUACAAAAUUGGAGAAUGUUCUUUUAUUAUUUCUGCACAUUUGUUUUGCUGAAUAUUUGUAAAAAAAAAAAGGAACUUGAAACUUCGCUAUCUUUCAGGUUCCUAUUCUCAUACUUCCUCCAUUCUCACCUGUGCUUUGAUUAUAACAUUUGAUUCAUUCUUGUACCUGUUUGCCUGAAGUGAGUGUUGCAUUUACUUUUUGUUCAUCUCAAAACAACAUGCGGCUUAGCUUUUUUCUCCUGUUCUUUUUGUGUAAGAGCAAAGGGACAUCCACAACUACAACAAUGCCUAUAACCAAUGUUACUUCCCUGAAUAUUUCUAAUACUACAGCUGCAGAAGAAAAGCUAUAUUCUCUGCAGCUGGUGGCCACACCAGACUACCCAGUUGCAGCAGGUCAGAAAGUUGACCUGCACUGCACGGCUUUCACCAUCCCAGUGUCCAUCAAGUGGUCCUUGCAACGCCUGAAAAAUCAGACUUGGCAAGACGUGGGAACGGAUAGGGAUAUGAUGACCCUUACCAAACCGGAGCAGAGCGGGCUUUACAGGUGCCGUAGCGAGACCAGUUCCUCUCAGGAGAGCGUGGUGAGCGCUAACCACACUGUCUAUAUCAUCUCCGUGAAUGCAACAGUCGGUGAGUGUUUAGGAAUUGCUGCCUUUGUCCUUUCUCUCCUGGCCUUGAGCAUCAACCUUGCUAUUCUUUUUUGGCUGGGCUGGCAAAGACUUGGCACCACACUGACCAUCAACACUGCAGCUAAAGGUUUUCCUGGACCUGAAAAGUCACCAAAGGGAGGUUUGCCACAGACUGAAAGUGACGGAGAUGUGUACAUGAAUUACACAAGCCAAGCCUACUGUGAUCUGGAUCCCACCACUGUUGAUAAUGUGUACUCAAGUCUGUCAUGAACAUUCAUGGAGACAAAAAGAGCAUUUUGUUAGCAGCAGAAUAUCUGCAAAUAGAGCUUAGCAUUACAUUUAACCAUGUUUGAUUUAAUCUAAUUUCACACAAAAAAAAUUAAACACAAUCUGCAGAUCUAUAGUUCUAACUAGGUAAAAUGUUCCCACCAAACUUCCUUCUCUGUGUUUGUACAUUUUAAUGAAACCUGUAGUUUGCUAUAAUUUUCUGUCUCAAACUGCAUGCACGGUUUUCUUUUUCUUUUUUGUGUACACAGAUUGAUAGAUGUAUCCCAGCUUGUUGAUAUGUCAGAAAUUGACUUUUUAAUUUACUUUAGUCAUCACAAUACAGCAAAUGAAAGACAAAUAAAAUUGUAAUUACAAGAAUUGGCUGUAUGGAGUAAAACCAGCAUGUUUUCCUUUUGGGAGAU